AUGCUGUCGCGGUCUACUUUCAGCCGAAAUGCGCCCCGUGCGGUCCAGAAGCAGUGCUCUGCUGCCGGCAUCAACAGCCGUCGAAGCAUGGCCUCUGCUGCGACCCCAGGCCUCCAGUACGAUGUCACCGAGGCUGCUGGCGUGAAGCUCGCCAAUAGAGAAGUAGCCGGUCCUACAGCAACCCUGGCGUUGGUUGCAAAGGCCGGCCCCCGUUACCAGCCAUUCCCUGGGUUCUCCGAUGCUCUCGAACAAUUUGCCUUCAAGUCCACACUCAAACGGUCGGCGUUGCGGAUCAACCGGGAGGUUGAACUGCUCGGCGGUGAAGUUUCUUCGACACACUCGCGUGAAAAUGUUGUCCUCAAGGCCAAGUUCCUCUCGAACGAUCUUCCUUACUUUGCCGAACUUCUCGCAGAGGUUGCUUCUCAGUCGAAGUUUGCAGCCCACGAAUUGAAUGAGGUCGUCAUCAAGCACCUCAAACUCAGACAACAAGCCCUUGCCGCCAAUCCUGAGCAGCAGGCUGUCGAUGCUGCCCACUCCCUGGCUUUCCACCGUGGCCUGGGGGAGAGCAUCACCCCUUCCACCACUACUCCUAUUGAGAAAUACCUUUCGGCUGAAGCCCUCGCCGAGUUCGCCCAGCAGGCUUAUGCCAAGUCCAACAUUGCGCUUGUAGGCAGUGGCUCAAACUCUGCUGAACUGUCCAAGUGGGUUGGCCAGUUCUUCAAGGAACUCCCCAGCUCUGGCAGCUCCAGUCAGUACCAGCUCCGUCCCGGCGCCACUUCCAAGUACCAUGGCGGUGAGCAGCGUGUCUCUUCCAAAGCCGGCAACGCUGUUGUCAUUGCAUUCCCUGGCUCCGCUGCUUUCGGCACCUCUGGCCACAAGCCUGAAGCUUCUGUUCUUGCUGCCCUCCUUGGUGGUGAGUCCACUAUCAAGUGGACUCCUGGCUUCUCCCUCCUGGCUCAGGCUACUCAGGGCUUCUCCCAGGUCCGUGCCUCUACCAAGAGCCACACCUACUCUGAUGCUGGCCUCUUCACUAUUUCGCUUUCUGGUAAGGCCGAUCAUGUUGCUUCAGCCAGCAAGAAUGCUGUGGAUGCCCUCAAGAAGGUUGCCGCCGGCGAAGUUGCUAGCGAAGACAUCAAAAAGGCAAUCGCUCUGGCGAAGUUCCGUGCUCUUGAGUCGGCUCAGAGCCUCGAGACCGGCCUUGAGGCCACUGGCUCUGCUCUUCUCAGCGGCGGCAAGCCUUACCAGAUCGGCGAAAUCGCUCAAAGCAUCGACGCCGUUACGGAGGCCCAGGUUACGGAUGCCGCAAAGAACUUCCUCUCUGACAAGGCCUCCGUCGCCUCCGUUGGAGACCUCUUCCAGCUCCCUUACGGCGAGGACCUUGGUCUGACCGUUUAA